CCCAAUUGGGGAUUCGAUCGACGCCGACCGUACUUCGAACCGUGACCACCCAACCCCGUGGUGGCGCCUGCGUCGUGGCGACCCGUAAACACGCGAGGAGGAUCGGCCUAGGGAGGGAGAAGGACGCCGCGCACCCACCCUCCCCUCCUCCCACGCUCUCGCCCGAACAACCACGGCCGGACCUGCGCGGUGAAUGAGAACCACUGUGCCGCGUAGAAUUCGUGCGGCAGGAUCUGCUUUUCUCUGGCCUGGCCGAGGGACUGUGUCUCUCCGUGUGCUCGUCCACGGACGUGGUAGGUGUCGAUAUCCGGCCAGGAGGGGCGUGUACGGACCGUGGAGGAGUAAGGGUGUGAGUGAGUGGUAACCGCGUUUGAACGGCGCUCUCGGAGAGGUCUAUCCGCUAGGGAUGUUUCUCUGCGCAAGGCAGAGGAAAAACGUCGGUGGAAUAAUAUCGAUGGACAAUAAUGGAUGGUGGGAAGAACGUUAACAAGGAGAGUAGGCCUCGAAGAAAUUGUAGAGAUUGGUCACAGCGCAUGUAGAAUAUUCGGAGGAUAUAUGGAAUGUCGCGAUCGUUCAUCAGUCACCCCUUCCCCGUUGUUGACAGGGCAACAACAACGGAGUUUCACGGGUGACGGAUAGCAAAUUUAAACAACCCCCCGCGCAGGCAGUUGUACCACUGUUUCGCUACGUAAUCUCACAACCCUGUUAUCUUGUAACCCCGUUCACACGCGCGCGCACACACGUACGGGGAGGAGAGGUAGGGAUACGGAUAGGAUGCAGAACAUUAGCGUUAAUAUCAGCGUGUUGAUGUUCAGCUACGCUCGAAGCGGGUAGCGGCUCGUGUGUACUCGGUUGGCAGCGGUAGGCAGCGGUGGUAGGGCAGGAUUUGCCAACGAGGCGGCACGGUAUUGGUAAUAUUCGGUGUAUUACGCACACGUGGGGAAUAGGGAGGUUAUGGGGUGGUGUUGGUGAAGGAAGUGGAGGUGGAAGUUGCGAGGAGCGAGUGGAGGUGGGCGAGGGACGAGUGGUGGUGGAGAUGGCGGCGGCGGCGGUGGUGGCGGUAGCGGCGGAAGGUAGUUUCUAGGUGGUGGAGGGCGCGGAUCGUCAUCCGCAAAGUCGUGCGUUCACCCCGUCGUGCCGCGACGACAACAGGGCGUCGUUCGUUCCGGAACGAGCGACGCUGCGUCGAGUUCGCUCCUGGGGGUCCCGUCGCGAACUUUUCUCUCUCUCUCCGUUAAUCCAUUAAAGCGUGCGACCAACGACGUUCCUAUCAGCGCUGCCGACUUGGCGUUGCCGCGCGCCCCACCGAACCGUGGAAAGGAGGAGAGAGGAGGAAGAGGUGUGCGGUGUUCGGUUCGGUCCUCGAGUCGGUCGACGAGAAACGAGGUGUUGAGUCGCUUGGUUCGUCGAAUUCGAGUGCACUGCGAACCGAAGUGAGUUGAAAUUGAUCGAUACAGGGCUGGUGAGAUAUUACUGGUGAUUGGUGGUGAUCGAGGUGGAGGAUCGCCAAGUGAAGGAUAUACGUGUCCUUUCGAUGCACGUGGUCGACGGGAGGGGCGGCGAGGAGGUUGGACACGAGGCGAAAGCUGUAAGCUAACCAUCGGGAUUCGAGGUUAGGAAUUGGUACAUGUGGCGUCGACGGUCGAUCGACUCUCCGCCGAGAACGUCCUCGUGGGAAGGACGUCAUCGCGGUUGGGUAUCGUUCUAGGGGUUGCUACGGGCGCGGACAUACGCGGGAGGAGUGGGGUGCGAAACGGGGGCGAGGGAGGUGUUCGCCAACGACGAGAGCCAGGUCUAACGUGAAUCUCGGUUGGGCGGUUGGAAGGUUAACGUCCACGGUCUCACGCAUGUGAAUAGCGUCGCGGGUGAGGAGAGAGAGGAUCGUUCAAGUGUCCACGGACCUGAGGAUGUCACGGAUUCUCGAGCUGUUUCCACGUCAAGUGCGAUAUUAGAGGUGGAAAACAUUGUCACGUGGAUUUGCUCUCGAGACGCGAUAAAACGCUCGAGUUCCCUCCUAUUUUUUUUCCUUUCUCUCUUUCUCUCUUUCUCUCUAUUUCUCUCCCUUUCUCUCUCUCCGUUCCGUGUGCGUGCGUGAAACGGCAAUUGGUGCGAUAGUGUGGGAAGAACGGUCGUGCGUCGAUCCAAGCGCAGGGAUAAACGACGCAGGAUGAAUGGAUGGAUCGGGGCGAAACGACGGUAUAAUUGGCCGGUGUAUUUAUAGAUAACGAGGUGGUUGGAUCGGCUAGCUUAAUUAGCUGUCGAUCGAUGAUAGGGAUUUCGUGGAAAGGUGUUGGCAUUUGUUUCGGGAAGAGAAGAAAGAAGCGGAUACCGGUCCACCAAGUGAUCGGAAAAUCGUUUGUCGCCAAUGAAUGAAAAGUCUUCCCUGUGUGUUUCAGUGUGAAAUGAAAGCCGAGUUUUCCGACAGUUUCUCAGUGUUGAAAAAGUGCGAAAAACGAAAAGAGAAGGCAUCGAUAAUCCGUGGAAUCGGUGUGAUCCCUCCCCUCUUCUCCCCCCAGUGAAACCAGUCGUUCAGGUGUAAACAUCCAACAGGUUCCACGAUGAAACAACGACCGUUGAAACGCGUACGAGGAUCGAGGCUGGCCUGCUGAUUCGUCCCAACGUUUUGGAUUAUAUACCCUAUCCGUUGUUCGGCUUUAAACGUGGUGGAUUCCCGCCCUACGUCGCUAGGGCGAGCACGUGAAUCAACCCUCAUAACGAAAAUCGAUCGCGUACGAAACGUGGCCUGAUCGAUCCUACAGAUAUUUUCGUGGAUGAAAUCGUUGCUACGAUUCCGCGAAAAAGAAGGAAUUAAUUCUUUCGUUAGAUAUAUAUAUAUAUAAAGGAAGAAUGUCGAUACGAAACUGGAACAAUAAAAUCAAACAUCGUCUUUCAACUCGAAGAGUAACGAAAGUUAUUUAAAAAUAAUAAAGGAAAAAAACUGCCUAAUGGAAAUCAAAAUUCACUCAAGGAACUAAUAAUAAAAAUAUAAGAGAGUAUCGUUGAUGGAAUCAUUUUUUAACGUUUCGAGAAAUUUACAACAGCUAAUCGAUAUUUGAAUUUCAAUUAACCCUAGAAGAUACAAUAUUGUAAGAAAGAUUUAAGCGUUUAUAAACUUCGAAUCGCGAGUAAAAAUUUUUGGAAUAAUAUUCGCGAAAAUAAUUCAACGAUAUAUAAAUUAUCAGUAACGGUUAUUUAUCGAACAAGGAGACACGCGAAGCGGAGAACCAUAUUUUCUUCGCGAUACAAUUUCGUCGACGAGACGACAAGAAAACUAUGAAGUGAAAGCCGAGAAUAGAAUAGAAUCGACGAAGAUUUGCGAAACGAAAAACGGCGAUCACGUCAAAGGGGCGCAAUAAAAGAGAUUACAUUCGCAAUUGCGCGUUCCCUUUUUCCUCCCUCCCCCCCUUGGAAAAAAAUGAGAAAUGCGAGGACGGUGCUCAAAGACCUUCUGCCUGGACAAACGUUUCAAAUUUUCACGUAAUAUUAUUCGACGAGUCCGCGAUUUAUUAACGAAGCCCCCAGGAGAGAAACGAGCGCGAACGAUCCGAAUAAGGAAAAUGUAAAAAAAAGAAAAAAGAAAGUAGAUCGUGCGUAACAAGCUCGUUCGUUGAUUUUUCGGGCCGUUCAAAGAAGAGAGGAGAAAAAAAAUCACUCAAUCAGUAGAGAUAAAUUUUUGGACUAAAAAAUUUCGACUCGAAUCUCUAAUAAUCGUAUCGAAAAGAAAAGAAAAGGGAAACAAAUAUUGGUACAAGAUAAUAGCGAUAAAGAAACAUUUGUGAUCCGAUCCUCUCGCGAGAUUAGUUUCCACGAGAUCUAGAAGAAAUAAAGGCGAGAGGAGAGAGAAAUUCGAUCACAGAAAAGGAGGCAGAAACGACAUCCAAUAUCGACGUUUACAUGCCUCGAGUGGGCCUGGAGGAAUUUACGAGGCGUAAAAACGCGAUCCGUGACGAUUGCGUUGAAGCGAGAAUCUAGAUUUCCAACAGAGAGUUGAACGAUAAAAUCGUCACGGUGUGCGGAUUGGGGCGAAUUCUCGGCUACAUCGGCGGAAGACCGUCGGUGGGGGCCGCCAGCAUGUCGCAGUCUGGUUCAGGGGGGGUGAACGAUAGCCACCAGGAGCAGAACCAGAUCGGGCAGACGAUGGAGAACCAGCAGACGUCGUGUCAGAACGGUCGGGCCGAGCCGCCCGCCGAUAACGCCAAACAAGAUUUGUCGAACGGCUUCGAGAACCGUACCAUAGAGUACGACAGAUUCUCCCAAGACAGGACACAGCAGAACAAGUCGAUCGGUCAGGCUCAGAGCCAAGAGCAACAGCAACAGCAACAACAACAACAGCAGCAACAGCAAACCCAGCAGACCGGCCAAUACCCGACUGGAAGGAAGCAAGCUGUGGUCGGUGUUCCCGAGGACAGACAUCCACCAACUGGGCAACUUCCUCCUCAACAGUACGGGAGAGAAGAAAAGUCUACGGCACCGGAGAGAGCGCAGAACGUGUCCCAAACUAGCACUCAAACCCUUCCUGUCCAAGCGCAACCCCAAUUCGUGCCCGAUUACGAUCAGACUCAGUACACGCAGAUACGAAGCCAGUUCGAGGUGAGGCCGCAGAUGUAUCCUCAACAGGCGCAAUACGCGGAGCGUGCCGGUUACGUGACCCGAGACGUGACGUACAGGGAUCCCACGUUGUACCAAGGAGGCGCGGCGAAUCCUAUGUUCACUGGUCAAGGUCAGUACGUAACGGUUCAACACGGGUCGCAAAUACCCCCUCAAUCGGCCAGCCCUCAGCCGCCGUAUUUCUCAGGCGUGGUAGUGCCUCAACCGACCGGUUACGCUCAAUACGGUACCCAGCCCCAAUACCCUUACACCCAAUAUCCCCAGACAAUGAUGAACGCGGUACCGUACACACCCCACGCGGGAAUUUACCCGGGUCAACAGUUCGGUCAACAAUCGCCCAAUCCUCAGAGAUUCUCGCAGGAGUUGGGUCAAUACCAGACCCAACCGAUCAUCCAACCGAUCGCCCAGAACGUGACCCACGGUCUCGCGAUGGCAACUGGCGAGCGACCGAGUCGCGGGCCGAAACCCAUGGUUCCCCCCCGAGGCAACUCGAAGAUCACGCACGACACCGGGCACAGAAAGUCGGCGAGCGUCGACGUGGCCGGGAUGCAGAAGGCUAAAUACGAUCCCGGUCAAAAUCCUGUCCCGCAGGAGCAACAGAUCCACAGGAGCGAGGGGGCGAUAAUCGUUCAGGGUGCACAGAUAGUGGCCAAUGCCCAAGACAGGAGGUAUCUGGCGGCCAUUAAUCAAAAUCCGCGGACACGACAGGACGGGUUGUACGUGGAUACGAACGAGGAUCAGCCGCCACCUGGGCGGGAAAAAAUGUGCGAGGCCGUGGCGGCUGACUGCGGCCUGUACGUGGCCAGGCCUGAACACAGGAAAUCUAUUUCCGUGGACGUUACAUCGAGUUUCCAGCGGCGGAACGACACGAUCACCUUCACGUUCCCCGGCGACGGGAAUCAGGAAAUAUUGAUGCCGGCCAGGAAGGGCGGAAGCAUGGUGGAUCCGAAACGGGUCGAAGCCAAUCAAGUGUAUCCGCCUGAUCAAAGGCGAUUGGACACGAGCUUGAGAGUAUCUCCGAUGGCUUUUGAUACGAGACAAGAGAAUAGGAAGAGCAUAGGGGCGGACAGAAAGCCCGAAUGGGGCAACGUGAGCCCUAAUCAAAGAAUGGCGAUGCCGCAAGAAAACAGGCGGUCCGAUUACUUCGACGAGCACAGGAGGUCGCCUAUGAGCAUCGAAGGGAAAAGAAUGGAGGACGUUAGAAGGUCUCCUAUGCCGUUCAUGCCGAUCCGCGAGGGAUCGGCGGAUCGUGGCGGGCAGAAGAGUCCCUCGUUCGUCAAUCAAAAUUUUGAGAAAACCAGGCAGGAGUUGACCAUAUGGGCCGAGCAACGUCAACGGCAGGAGCACGAGAGAAGCAUGAUGCAGAAUCAAAUGAUGUCCACGAGCCCGCGUUCCCGUAAUCAGUCCGAGGAGAGGAGAGAUCCGAGGGGACAGAUCCAUCAAACGGCGGACGAUAGGAAGGAAGGGAGAAUGACCCAAUCGGCCUUUCAACCGAUUCCCAACAUCAGCCAGAGGACGAUAAUGGAGCAACGUCGCCAUUUGCGUCACGUCAGCGCUGAUCUCACUAAACACAUGGAACUAUCGAGGAAGGAGUUCGAGGAGCAACCCAUUAGCGGAUCCGUGGCGAAUCUGGGACCACCCCCUGCCAGCACGGCCUCCUCUCAAAGGGCCAGUCCCAACAUAUGCCAUCAGUAUCCAGCCCUGAGCGAAGCUAAGUUAGACACCAAGACUGUUCUCACUGUGGUAACGGAUUUCGGUGAAACGAGUUUGGGCAAACCGAUCGAUCAGGUGGAUCAUAUAAUUCACAGUCAUCGCAAGAGUCACAACGUCUCCAGCAAUCUAUUGACUCACAGCAAGAGUCAGACGGACAAUCUUCAAAGUCAAUUGGAUCCACAGAACGAAAAGUCCGACGCUCUGACGCCGCAGCAACAACAGCAGCAGCAGCAGCAGCAGCAGCAACAACAACAACAACAAUUGCAGAAUCAACAGAGUCUGGAUUUAAUUUCAGAGAAACUGAGCCAAUUCGAGCGGCAACAGAGCGAUCUGCAGGCGAAGCUUCAAUGUCUUCAGAGUCAAAAUCAAAUCCUGGACAAAGUGGCGCAGUUUCAACACCAACAGAGCGACUUGCAGGCAAGACUGCAAAGUCUGCAGGCGCAGAACCAAUUGUGCGACAAAUUGCAAAGAUCGGCCGAUUUUCAAUCGCACGGGAUCGGGAACGAGAUCCACCAGAUUCAAUCGAACUCGCUGCCCAACCACCAAGAACAAUCGUCCGAUAAGAGUUGCCUGACGCAGAGCCAGAAUACGCCGCACAGCCAUCAUCAAACGUUAUUGACCGCUUCCUAUUCACAGAACUCUAAUCAUCAAUCCUGCCAAUCGUCUGUCUGCGAGAAGCUAUCGCCCAGGCUGCAACACGAUACAAGCGACCCGAAUUCUAUUCAGAUACCGAACAUGUCGCAGAUGCCGUUGCCGUGUCUGCCGCAAUUCGAGCGCACCGACGCGUCGCGCGCUUCGUUUUCGCAGUUCCAUCGGCUUCAGUGCCAGAUAGACGGCCACGAGGCCGUUUCGUCCACCGCCGUCUCCUCCGCUUCCUUCACCGGCACGUUGAAGAAGGUGCCUCCGGAAAAACCACCGAGAACGUCGUUGAUCGUUCAAUCGCCGGAAUCGGAGAGCAACAGAAGCCAGCCAGCCAUCGGAUUGAAGCAGACGCCCAAGGCUCGGCCAACCAUUUUCGGCACUGUGGCCUCGGAUCUAAACCCAAAAGAUGGCAACAGUCGAAGGAGCUUGCCACAAACACCAGCUGGCGGUGUGGGUGGAAAAGGAAGCGGAAGUGCUGGCACCGGAUCUGGUAUGGUCAAUGGUUCCGGUACCGAUCAUCAAGAUAUUCGUGACGGUGCUGCUAUAAACACAGAACAUGCCUUGGUAUAUCGGGACGGGAAUCUGGUGUCGGGCUCGUUGGAAGCCCUGGUGCAGCAUAUGGUGCCCACCGAGGAAUAUUAUCCCGAUCGAGCUUACCUCUUCGCCUUUUUGCUGAGCGCCAGGCUCUUCAUCAAGCCGCACGAGCUUCUGGGCGAGGUCUGCGCCCUCUGCGAGCAUCAGCAAAACCUGAAUGGAGAGGGUGGCAAGGAACGUCUGCAACGUUUCGUGCCGCGACUGGUGCAACUGCUCGCCGAAUGGACGGAAACAUUCCCGUACGAUUUCCGGGACGAGAGGGUGAUGAGCCACGUCAGGUCCAUCACGCAGAAGGUCGCUGCGGUCGACGCUGCGGCCAGGCAGGAAGUUUCGGCAUUGCUGCAAAACUUGCUCCUCAGACUGACGGCCCUCGAGAGGUACGAGGAGGGUCUGGCCAGGCUGGCGACCGAGGCAACGACGGAGCAACUCGCCCAGGUGGACAUCACCGAGCUGUGCCCAUCGGCCACGGUCCUCGCCCAGCAAUUGACCCACGUGGAACUCGAGAGGCUCUCGUACAUCGGCCCCGAAGAAUUCGUCCAAGCUUUCGCCAAGGAAUCCCCUCAUCUGGAAACAUCGUUUAAGGACAUGAAGAAAACGCGCAAUCUCGAAUCGUACAUCCAAUGGUUUAACAGACUGAGCUAUUUCGUCGCGACUGAAGUAUGCAAGCAUCCAAAAAAGAAACAACGAGUCCGGGUGAUUGAAUAUUGGAUCGAAACAGCCCGUGAGUGCUUCAACAUCGGCAAUUUCAACUCCCUGAUGGCGAUCAUCGCUGGUUUGAACAUAUCACCGAUAUCUCGUCUGAAGAAAACGUGGUCAAAGGUGCAACUGGCGAAAUUCUCGAUUCUUGAGCACCAAAUGGAUCCCAGCAGCAACUUUAGCAGCUAUCGCAGCACCCUGAAAGCGGCUAUGUGGCGUAGCGCCGGCGCUACGGACGAACGGCAGAGGAUCGUCGUUCCCUUCUUCAGUUUGCUGGUCAAGGAUCUCUACUUCCUGAACGAGGGAUGCAGCAACAAGUUGCCAAACGGACAUAUUAACUUUGAAAAAUUCUGGCAACUGGCGAAACAGGUUACGGAGUUCAUCGCCUGGAAGCAAGUUGCUUGUCCAUUCGAGAAGAAUCCACGUGUCAUUGCUUUUCUUCAGGCGAGACCGGUGUGGACUGAGAAUGCUCUAGCUUUGGCAUCGUUCGAGUGCGAACCACCAGACAACAAUCCGGAGAAAGAACGUUACAAAGCAUUGAAGUCUGAACUGAACGCUCAGUGAAAAAGAGCAACCAUACACCGCGUCGAAUGGAAGCGAUAUUGAGACAGAGGACGCGCUCUUUUAAAAUUUCGUUCCAAGCAUUAAUCAGCCGAGAAUCUCUCCCGCGAGAAGACGUUAAGAGAAGAGAUACAUCGAGAGAGAGAGAGAGAGAGAGGGAGGGAGAGAGGGAGAGCAGAGGGAUAAAAAUAGCGGAGAACACUUGAAUCGUGAACGAGAUGCCUGCACGACGAUGAAAAAUGGAGGAAGAGGAGGAAAGAAAAUCCAGAAAAUGCGGCGAUUUGCUCGCGAUCGAUAAACGAUAGAACGAAGAGGAAGGGAAAAAAAAAUGAUUCAUCGUAGUGAUCUCGCGUCAUUUAAGGAUAUCGUUUAGAUAUUCUAGGAGAAUCGGUGCAGUCGUAGAUAAUUCGCGAUUUUAAUUGUUAGAAACGAUUCUAAAUUUCUUUGAAUAAUAAUCUUUCAUGCGUUGAAUAUACAUACAACGCAGCGUGUACAAAUGAAUUUUUCGAAUCGAGAUACAAAUUUUCGUAUAGAGUUACGAAUUUUUUUAAACGUUCUUUUAAAUCGAAUUUUCGAAUCGAAAUUCCAUUUUUCCAAAUAAGAGUCUUUAAGAAUUUUCGAAACCUAAUCGAAUAAAACUUUCAGGAAUUCAACCCCGAGCAUUAUCCUCCCCCCAUAUCAUAAUAUCACAAAUUCUUCACAUAAUAUCUCAUCAUCGGAAAACUCUCCGAAUAAAUUCCUUCAAAAUUUCCAACUUUCCACCACGGCACGACUGCACCGAUCCAAGAUCGUCGACAGAUCGACGUCCCCUAUCCCUCGAUCCAUCAAGAAAGAAACCAAAGUCGAUCUGUCAAAACGAAGAAAGAAAGAAAGAAGGAAGUAAGGAAGGAAAGAAUAAAAAAAAAAGAAUUCACACUGAACAGUAUCGCGUAGCAGUAAGUAUAGUUCCUAAGCCCGAGGCCAGGACGGAAAAACGUUUCACUCGACCAUUCUGUACGCGAAACGUUCCACGUAUUCGAGGGAAACGUCUCGUCCGCCUGGUCGACCCCUUUUUGUACAUAGAUCCUUUUGAUAUACGCUAACGAAAACUCCUAGGUGUGGAACAGAGGAUAAUGGAAAAAAGAUAAAAAAGAAGAAAUAGGUUCGUUCCUGUAGAGUAAGCUCGAACGUUGUCGUUUUAAGGUUCUAGGUUACACGUAUAGUAGCAGACGACGGUCGUCGUGCACGUACUUAACGAACGGGAAUGGCGUGUAGAAUUGGCAUAAAAGAGAAAGAGAGAGAGAGAGAGAGAGAGAGAGAGAGAAAAGAGAGGGAGGGAAGGAGGAUAAGCAUUUGACGAGUUUAGAAAGAGAGGUCCUAACGCUGUUCGCACCGUUUUCGAGAAAAAAGAUUUUCAUUGUCCCUACGAUGGGACGAAUUUCGAUUUUCUUUUUCUUUUUCAAGAAUUUCGAACGCGGUGAGAGACGUCCAGCACGCAAGAUUCGAAUAUUUGUUUCGCACACGUGGAAACGAAAAGUUGGUAAAUUUUUCUCGAUUAUUCGAUUCGAUUCCAUGACGAUAUAUAUAUAUAUCUGUAAUAGAUAAUCUUCUAUUGUGAAAUUUCCACGUGGAUGAUAUUUAAAUCGAAAUAAUUUUCGAAUAUUGCGCUUGUUGGGGAAAGCUUAACAAGUUCGAAGUUUCGUUCGUCGAUGAAUUUCACCGGGGGACCGUUUUUAACGUCACGAGCAUCAGAAAUGAUAGAUCGACUUCGAUACACGGUUAUAAACUGUAAGCGAUAUAUUAGAAAAACUUUAAUGGAAAGUUGGCGAUACCCUGGAAAAUUCACGGGAGGAUUUGUACAGUUUUAUUUAUUUUAUCGGUAUCGCACAAUUCUCUCUACUGGAUAUCGAUAUACGAAUGAAAAGUAAAAAAGAAAAGGAGAAAGCGUAUCGUUCCGAUGAAAGCUUUCUAUUUUUUUUUUUUUUCUUUCUUUUUCUAUGGAAUGAACAUUCGUGUCCAGUCUGGGUUAAAGAAAUCGAAGCGAGGGAAGAAUCUAGAGAAGAAAAAAAUCUGGGGGAGAUCUAGGGGGAGAUCGAGUCGAGUAGAGAAAUCGUAACGAUCAUGCUUUUCGUUUCAUGCGUUCUCCAAAUGAACUCGGGACAAAAAGGGAAGAAGAAUUUCGAGGAGAUAAAUGACGGCCAGAGGGAAAGGAUUUUGAGAAAAAAAUAGGGACCAAGAGAGAGAAAAAGAGAGAGAGAGAAAAAGAGAGAGAAAGUUCGUUUUUCAAAGACACGCGAAGAGGAAGAUGAAUCGAUCGUGAUCUGUGCGAAGGAAAUGCAAAAGUAGAACUUUCCGCUCGUUGAUUCGCAGCUUCGCGUACUGAGAGAAACACCAUUGCAGUCAUUAGACAUUUAAGAUUUAAUUUAUAUUCUAUCUGGACGAUUCCCUGUCUUUAGUAUCGAAUUUUAAUUUUAUUUUUGAUUUUCGAAAUAUAUCGCGGCAUGAUUGUGAAUCAUUGAUUCGUUCGCGAAAAGCUAUUCAUAGUUUAUAAAACAUGGAAAAAUGUGCAUUCGCGGUAUUGUUUUAUUUUAAUUUUAUUAUUUAUAGAAACGUAUUGUGUGUUGUACACUUCUUUCUAUACAUUUCUUUUUUUUUUUUUUUUUUUUUGAAACAAGUUGAGCUUGUGUUUUCGAAUGAACGAAUUAUUGUAGUUUUCUUUGGCUUUUGAAUAAUAUAUAUAUUCGAUAAAUGUACAAAUGUUGUUUGUAAGUUAGUAUUAUUUUACAAUUUAUUGUAUAGAUUUAUUGGAUAGAAUUAGUGUUUAAACUACGGGAAAGAAACGGAGGCAGCACUUCUUGCCUUCAAUUUUUAGUAUAGUAGCUUUUAGCAUAGAUUUUUUUACUGUUCCUAUAUUAUUUAUAUAAUCGUAUCGUGAGUAUUCAAGAAAAAUUCUCUUAAACCGUGGGAUAUUAUCGAGAAAAAUAAUUCUUUUUAGAAAGAAAAAUUAAAAUUGUUUCUAAAACUAUUUUAAUCAUGAUUUUUAAUCAAAAUUAAUUUAGAAAUUCCACUUGUGAAUUUCUUUCUAAAGUUAAGAAUCAACAAUCAAUUUUAAUUAGAAACAAACGAAUUUUCUUCUUGUGCAUACUCACAAUAUUAUACAGUAUGUAAUAUUUUUAAUUAUAUGGCAGAAUAUUUUUCUAUAUACAUCUCUAAGAUCUAUCCAUUUAUUUAUAACAAAGUAUUUUAAUCGUUUUUUGCGUAGCUAUUAGUAAUUUUAACGGAUGUAUUUCUAUCGUUCUCUCAGUACGAGGCUCGAACAAGUGAAAACAAACGUAUAUCAUAUGAAACAGAGUAGCUUCGUAUGUACGAGGACGAACCAGAGUCUACGCGAAGAUCGCGUAAUAAAGAAAGUAUAAUUCAUCGAUCAAGCCACGAAUAUCGGGGAUACAUUGUACGUCAGGCUCCUUUCUUUGAAAAUCGUAUAAUAAAUAUCAUCGUUAAUGCACAGAUUAAGACAAUAUUUGAACGUUGUUUUCGUUGUUCGUAACGUUUUAUUAAAACUUGAACAGUUUAAUCUUGAUGAGAAUUUCUUCGUAUUUUUAUUGCACGUGUUACGAUGAAAGACUUAGCAAUAAACUCACAAAAUUGAUGAUGAAAUAUAACAUUGUAUAUAAUUUUAAUUUAUUUAAAUUAAAAUUCAAUUUAGCACUCUGAUGAAGAACUUUGAUCUAACUUAAAUCCAGAGCAAUUAAUCUUCGAAAUCUAAUCUAGAUGUAAUUGAGAUCUAACUUAUGCCUAAUCCAAUAUAAUCCAGUCCAUCAUUCGACUCAAAUGAAAUGUAAUUUAGAUCGAAUCGAUCUGCUUUUCGUCCAAAUCCAGUUGUAUUCGAUCCAAUUCAAAUUAAUUAGGUUCUGUUUCGAAUUGAACAUCGCAUAAUUAAUCGUAUCCGUAUUAAUUAUUCCAAAACUCGCUUGAUCGUAACACGUGCAUGCAAAAUUUUCAACAAUUCACGAAUAAUGUUAUUAAAACGAAAAAAAAAAAAAGAUUUCACGAUGCCAUUUCGAAAAUCUUCUUUGCGAACGCUUCAUACACUUGUAAAUAA